GUGAAUUCAGCAUCAUGGAUCAGCGUGAGGACCAGAAAGAAGAAGAACCUCUGUCUGAAACCAAGGACCAGAGCAAAGGUCAGAGCCACAAACCUGAAGAUGACUGUAAACAUGGAAGGAAAUGGAAAAGUGAACCCAGCGCUGAAUCCUGGAGGAGUAACUUAUCAAAGGAUCAGGGUAUUGAUUUUAAAUCAGACCAUCCUUCAGCUACAGAGAGACUGAAGCUGAUCUCAGAGGCUCCUACUGGUCAGUCUGCCCAGCAGCAUCAAAAAGAGCUGGACUCCAUAUUUAUGGAGCUGAAAGGGAACAUUAUCACUUUUGUAGAGAAUGAACUGCAGAAGAUCCAAAUGGUUCUGGGUUCAGAUUACCCAGAAGGUUUAGAGGGGAAUAAGGAGGAUGACGUUUUGGAGGAUGAGGAUGGAGAGCAGAUGAAGAAGAGCAGAGAAGCAUUUGAGAAGAUCACACAGCAUUUCCUGAGGAGGAUGAACCAUGAGGAGCUUGCUGACCGUCUUCAAAGCAAUUCACUCAUCACAUGCCAGCGAACACUGAAGUCUAAUCUAAAGAAGAAGUUCCAGUGUGUGUUUGAAGGGAUUGCUAAAGCUGGGAAACCAACCUUUCUGAAUCAGAUCUACACGGAGCUCUUCAUCACAGAGGGAGGAACUGGAGAGGUCAACGAUGAACAUGAGGUCAGACAGAUCGAAGCAGUGUCCUGGAAACCGGACAGACCAGAAACACCAAUUAGACAUGGAGACAUAUUUAAACCCCUAACUGGAAGAAAGGAACCAAUCAGAACAGUCAUGACAAAGGGAGUUGCUGGCAUUGGGAAAACAGUCUUGACACAGAAGUUCACUCUGGACUGGGCUGAAGACCAAGCCAACCAGGACAUCCAGUUCAUGUUUCCGUUCACGUUCAGAGAGCUGAAUCUGUUAAAAGGAAAACAGCUCAGCUUGGUGGAGCUUGUUCAUCACUUUUUUAGUGAAACCAAAGGAAUCUACAGAUUUGAAGAGUUGAAGGUUGUUUUUAUCUUUGACGGAUUGGAUGAGUGUCGACUUCCUCUGGACUUCCACAACAAUGAAACACUGACGGAUGUAACAAAGUCCACCUCAGUGGAUGUUCUUCUGACAAACCUCAUCAGAGGGAAACUGCUUCCCUCAGCUCGCCUCUGGAUAACCACACGACCUGCAGCAGCCAAUCGGAUCCCUUCUGAGUUUGUUGGCCUGACGACGGAGAUUAGGGGAUUCUCUGACCUACAGAAAGAUGAGUACUUCACAAAGAGAUUUAGAUAUAAGAAGCAGGAAAAAAUGGUAAUUUCCCACAUUAAGAAAUCACGAAGCCUCCACAUCAUGUGCCACAUCCCAAUCUUCUGCUGGAUCACUGCUACAGUUGUGGAAGACAUGUUAAACAACAAAAACAGAAAAAAGCUGCCAAGCACCCUGACUGAGAUGUACAUACACUUCCUGGUGGUGCAGGCCAAGGUGAAGAAGCUCAGGUAUGAUGGAGGAGUUGAGACAGAUUCACACUGGAGUCCAGAGAGCCAGAAGAUGAUGGAGUCUCUGGGAAAACUGGCUUUUGAGCAGCUGCUAAAAAGAAACCUCCUCUUCUAUGAAUCAGACCUGACAGAGUGUGGCAUCGAUCUCAAAGAAGCUUCAGUGUGCUCAGGAGUGUUCACACAGAUCUUCCAAGAGGAGAGAGGGCUGUAUCAGAACACUUUGUUCUGCUUCGUCCACCUGAGUGUGCAGGAGUUUCUGGCUGCUCUUCAUGUUCAUCUGACCUUCAUCAAAUCUGGAGUCAAUCUGCUGGUAGAAGACAAAAUGAAAUCCAAGGAUUCAGAAGAAAGAAACCAUGAAUCUUCAGAGAUUGAUAUUUACAAGAGCGCUGUGGACAUGGCCAUAGAGAGUCCAGAUGGACACCUGGACCUGUUCCUCCGCUACCUUAUGGGUCUUUCACAGGAGACCAAUCAGAGUCUCCUAAGGGGGCUGAUGUCACAGACAGUAACCAGAUCACAGAUCAAUCUAGAAAUAGCCCAGUACAUCAAGGAGAAGAUAAAUAAAAAUCUUUCCGUAGAGAAAAGCAUCAAUCUGUUCCACUGUCUAAAUGAACUAAAUGAUCAGUCUCUGGUGGAGGAAAUCCAACAAUUUCUACGCACAGGAAGUCUUUUGGCAGAUCAACUGUCUCCUGCUCAGUGGUCGGCUCUGAACUUCAUCCUGUUGUCAUCAGACGAAGGUCUGGAGAUCUUUGACCUGAAGAAAUACUUUGCUUCAGAGAAUGCUCUAAGGAAGCUGCUGCCAGUAGUCAAAGCCUCCAGCAAAGCUAUACUGAGCAGCUGUAACCUGACAGAGAGAAGUUGUGAAACUCUAUCCUCAGUUCUCAGCUCACAGACUUCCUGUGUAAAAGAGCUGGACCUGAGUAACAACAACCUGAAGGAUUCAGGAGUGAAGCUGCUCUGUGCUGGACUGAAGAGUCCACACUGUGAACUCGAAGUUUUAAGGCUUUCUGGCUGUCUAAUCACCAAGGAAGGCUUUGCUGCUCUGGCCUCAGCUCUGACCUUGAAUCAUGGUCACCUGAGAGAGCUGGACCUGAGUUACAAUCAUCCAGGAGAGGCAGGAGUUCAGCUUCUGGCAGCUGGAGUGGAUGAUGAAGGCUGGAAGCUGGAAAUUCUCAAGGUGGAGCCUGCUGGAGUCCAGUGGUUAACAGCAGGUCUGAGGAAGUAUUCCUGUUCACUCUCAGUCGACAUGAACUCUGUAAGCAAAGACCUCAAGUUAUCUGACGACUACAGGAAGUUGAUGCGUGCGCUGGAGCAGCAGCCCUAUCCUGAUCAUCCCGACAGAUUUGACCUCUUUGAGCUGCUGUGCACUGAUGGUCUGACUGGUCGCUGUUACUGGGAGGUGGAGUGGAGUGGGAAGGUUUACAUUUCUGUGAGUUACAGAGGAAUCAAAAGAAAGGGAGACAGUGACAACUCCUGGUUUGGAUUUAAUGCUUGCUCCUGGUGUGUAAUCUGCUCAGAUGAUGGUUACGCUGUUUGGCAUAACUGUAGAAAGGUUUUUAUCCCUUCCUCCUCCUCCUCGUCUGACAGAGUAGCAGUCUAUGUGGACUAUCCUGCUGGGAUCCUGUCCUUUUACAGAGUCUCCUCAGACACACUGAUCCACCUCUACACCUUCAGCACCACCUUCACUGAACCUCUUUAUCCUGGAUUUGGAUUUGGGUCCAGGGAUCUUGCUAGAGUGACUUGGUGCUCAUUUUAGUGAAGGUUACACAAUUUAAGCUUAGUUUCUGUAAGCACUAUGGGAAGAAACUUGUGCCAUCAGAAGCUGAAUUUAAAUUUCUCAGACUGAAUCUGUAAUAGCGUAAU